UUAUAAAUCAGGCACUCUGCUUUCUCACGAUUUCGAAUAUUUGAACAGAGAAGCGCUUUGCUUCGAUCCUCGGUUUUCUUAUUUACCAAAGGUUGCUUUCUCUAGAUCAUCAAUUACUUACCCCUUCUAGGGUUUUCUUUAUUUCUUCUUCUCUUUGAUUUCAUCGAUCUUCUUUAUCUCAUUGUCUCAUCCAAUAAUAAAACUUUUUCUCAGGUGUUUUUGUUUCAACUUUGGGCUUGAUCAAGGUAUGCGUAUCUUGGUUUAGUAGUGCAGAUAUUGUUAGUAAUAAGUGCUGGUAUAAUUAGCACAGUUUGUUUUAAAGUGUGGGAUAGCUUGAAUUUAAAAGCUGGAGAGAGAGGUCUGAAUAUGGGUUUCUUGUGAAUUGGCGAUUUCCGGAUUUUAAUUUUAACAGCUUAGGGUGAAGAUUGUGUAUGUGGAUGGUGGAAUAUUGGAGGACAUGGACAUAGUUACUGAGUUGAAAUACCUUUUACCGUGGAGGUUUUGUUCUUUCAUUUUGAAGCUACAUUGUUUGUAGAAUGUGAGAAGAUAUACUUUGAAAAAUGGAUGAUAGAGAAAUUGAAAUGUGGUUUCCUAGUUGGAACAACUGGAGUCCAACUGAAACAACUGAGUCUCGUCUCUUUAUUGUCUCUUGUUUUGUUGCUUCCUUAGUCGGUAUUUUGACCAUAGCUUAUACGGCCUUUCAGUGGAGAAGAAACAUUAAUUUAAGUUGGAUGAAAGCCAUAGCCAGGUCAAAAAAGAACCCGAAGACAAGGCACAAAGCUCCAUUAGCUCCGCAUAGUUGGGUUCCAGAAUCUGUAUCUCGUGGGAAGAAUUUAAAUUGUUGUGUUUGCUUAAAGCCCAUGUCCCCUUCUCAAACGCUUGGGCCUAUGUCGCCUUCAGAUAGUUUUAUUCACCGCUGCAACAUUUGUGGUGCGGCAGCUCACUUGAGUUGCUCUUCCAGUGCCCACAAGGAUUGCAAGUGUGUGUCUAUGAUUGGUUUUGAGCAUGUGGUGCAUCAGUGGGCGGUUCGAUGGACAGAAAUCACAGAUCAACCCAAUGAAGCUUCCUUCUGUAGUUACUGCGAAGAGCCAUGUAGUGGGUCUUUUCUUGGCGGAUCCCCUAUAUGGUGCUGCUUCUGGUGUCAACAACUAGUUCAUGUUGAUUGCCAUAAUAAUGUGUCAAACGAAACUGGUGAUGUUUGUGAUUUAGGCCCAUUCAGAAGGUUGAUUCUCUCACCGCUUUAUGUUAAGGAAGUGAACCAUACAUCAGGUGGAUUUUUAAGCUCAAUCACACAUGGAGCAAAUGAAGCUAUAUCUUCAGUGCGUGCAAGUAUUAGGAGUCAGAGCAAGAGAUACAAGCAUGGUAGUGAAUCUUCUGUUGACACAGUUGAUAGUGGUAAUACCUGUGACCCCUCUACAGAAAGCACAGCUGAAGCUCAUAAAACAGUAAAUAGCUCUUCUGGACCGGAGGAAAACUGUAAUGGUAGCAUGAAUAUGGUGGUUUCUCCCCAAGGGGCUGAGUUAGAUAAGAAGAUGGAAUCAAGGCCCAGUUUUAAAAGAAGCAGUUCAAGUAAUCAGAAGGACGAAUCUCAAACAUUGAGGAUGAAACAGAAAUUUGAGUUAAUUGAUUUGCCUCCAGAUGCAAGGCCCUUGUUAGUUUUCAUCAACAAGAAAAGCGGGGCUCAACGUGGAGAUUCCCUCAAGCAACGAUUGAACCUUCUUUUGAAUCCUGUCCAGGUUUUUGAGUUGAGCUCAACACAGGGACCAGAGGUGGGUCUUUUUCUAUUCAGAAAGGUGCCUCACUUCAAAGUUCUUGUAUGUGGGGGAGAUGGUACUGUUGGCUGGGUUUUGAAUGCUAUAGACAAGCAGAACUAUGUUUCUCCUCCUCCAGUUGCUAUUCUUCCUGCUGGAACUGGAAAUGAUCUAGCCAGAGUACUUUCCUGGGGAGGUGGUUUGGGCUCUGUUGAAAGACAAGGAGGCCUUUGCACAGUGUUGCAAGACAUAGAAAAUGCUGCAGUAACCAUUCUUGAUCGGUGGAAGGUAUCGAUUCUAAACCAGCAGGGAAAGCAACUCCGACCUCCAGAAUUUAUGAACAACUAUCUUGGAAUUGGGUGUGAUGCGAAGGUUGCUCUGGACAUUCACAAUCUGCGGGAGGAGAAUCCUGAUAAAUUUUACAAUCAGUUUAUGAAUAAAGUGCUGUAUGCUAGAGAAGGUGCAAAGAGUAUAAUGGACAGGACUUUUCAAGAUUUUCCUUGGCAAGUUAGAGUGGAGGUGGACGGUCUCGAGGUAGAGGUCCCUGAGGAUGCAGAAGGUGUACUUGUUGCAAACAUUGGAAGCUAUAUGGGAGGUGUAGACCUUUGGCAAAACGAGGAUGAAAAUUAUGAUAAUUUUGAUCCACAAUCUAUGCAUGAUAAGAUACUUGAGGUUGUCAGCAUAUCUGGAACAUGGCACCUUGGAAAGCUUCAGGUGGGGCUUUCUCGUGCUCGAAGACUUGCACAGGGACAGUCAAUUAAGAUACAGCUCUGUGCUCCUCUGCCUGUUCAAAUAGAUGGGGAGCCUUGGUUUCAGCAACCGUGUACAUUAGUUAUAUCGCACCAUGGGCAGGCCUUCAUGCUGAAACGGGCAGCUGAGGCACCUCUUGGUCAUGCAGCAGCGAUAAUUACAGAUGUUCUCGAGAAUGCUGAAACCAAUCAUAUAAUUAAUGCCACACAGAAGCGAGCUCUUCUUCAAGAAAUGGCAUUGAGGCUGGCUUAAAGGUUUUUCAUGCCACUCCAGUUGGUGAUACGUUUUUGGUUGCGUAGCAUAUUUGAAAAUAUCUUUUUUGGCUUAUCAGCAUUUCUUGUUUGUCUUUUUGAUUGUCAUAUAUAAUGAUUUAAAAAAAUAGGAACAAUAUAGCUGAAGCAUGCUGUAAUUUUGUAUACGAAAAGGGACUUACUCAAAAAGUUUAUAGGAGAGUGGAAUUUUGACAAUCUUGUAUUGAAAAAUGAGGGUAUUGACUGAGAAAAAAAUCCUUUGCUUUUAAAUUGUUUAAAAUUUUGAAACUUCAGUCUCUUUCUCUAAUUAGUUAUUUACCAGAAAGUGGAGCUAUAUUGUU